AGCUAAAAAAAGAAGAAAAAGCUCAUGAUCAUAGGGUGACAAUGGAUCCUACCAGAUCUAGGAUUCGAUGAAGACUCGAAACCCGACCGGUUCAGGUAUGGGUCCAAAUCUUGGACCCGAAUACUAUUUGGGUCGGGUUGGGGUCCGGGUCCGGGCCGUACUUGACCCGUUUCCUCCCCUACCAAAACCUUGUCCUACGUUGGAACAACUUGUGUCUCAUUCAUGAAACGUAUUGUUUUCAGCCAUUGAAAGCCAUAAAAAAGUCUUAUCUCUCCAAUGGAAAUGUGAGGCUAUAAUCUCUCUGUGUCUCCAUGGGGUCUUGCAUAGAGAUUGCAAUGAGAAAGAAGCAAGAAGAAGAAGAGGCAGAAGUGGAAAUAUUGAAGGCAGUGGCACAAGCUUGGCAUGGACACUCAGGCAACAACGCCAACGCCACAAGUGAAUUGGAUGCUCACAGAUGCAAUCACAAGCCCCGGCCUUCACGAUUCAAGCUCGAAGCCAUGAACAAGAAGUCCAAAGAGGAAACAACAACUUGGGAUUUUGAGCAAUCUCUAUUGGAUUCAUAUGAGAUUGUCGCGGUCUCUAAGCGAAUCGAAUCAGGGCUUAACAUGUCUCACGAACCGGCUCACCAUGGCACGACCCAUAAGAAGAGUAGGAAUACCUUAAGGAUGCUAUUCUCUCAGGCUGCUUCGAAGCGAUUGAACAUCGAGCUCUUCAAUGGAGGUGACCCAAAAUUCUAGAGAAAGAGAGAUCAUUGGAAACUACUCACAUGAGAAAUAGAGGGGAUUCCUUGGACUAAGAAAAAAGGAGAAAUGCCAUCUUAACUGAAAUUUAAUGGCUCAAUUUUGUAAAGUUGUCCAUGUAAUUCAGAGGAUCAAGUUAAGCUGGGUGGAGAAGUCCAUGUAAUUCACAUGAAUCUAAAUUCCUUACUGG